UGCAGAGCGAAGGCGUCUGCAGCUGAGAGAUGGAGGCACGUUGUCAGAGUCACUCACACCUGGGAACAUACCGUCUCCAUGGAAGCAGGAAACUACACAGAAAUGCCCCGUUUCCUCCUCCUGGGCCUCUCCAGUGACCCUGCACUGCAGCCCCUCCUCUUUGGGCUGUUUCUGUCCAUGUACCUGGCCACAGUUGUUGGGAACCUGCUCAUCAUCACAGCCAUUGUCUCCGACCCCCACCUGCACACCCCCAUGUACUUCUUCCUCUCCAACCUGUCCUUUGCCGACAUCUGCUUCACCUCCACCACCGUCCCCAAGAUGCUGCUGAACAUCCAGAUGCAGAGCAAAGACAUCUCCUAUAUAGGCUGCCUCACUCAAGUGUACUGUUUUCUGAUUUUUGUCGGCGUAGACAAUCUCCUCCUGACUGUGAUGGCCUACGACCGGUUCGUGGCCAUCUGCCACCCCCUGCACUACAUGGUCAUCAUGAACCCCCGCCUCUGCGUGUUUCUGCUUCUGACUUCUUGGGCCAUCAUGUUCUGGGUGGCCCUGCUUCAUAUUCUAUUGACCAUGCAGUUGACCUUCUGUAUCGGAACUGAAAUCCCACAUUUCUUCUGUGAACUAACGGAAAUUCUCAAGGUGGCCUGCUCUGAUACGCUCAUCAAUCACAUCUGCUUGUACAUGUCUACUGCCCUGCUGGGUGUGUUUCCCCUCACUGGGAUCCUCUUUUCUUACUCUCAAAUCGUCUUCUCCUUAAUGAAGAUGUCCUCCUCCACCAGCAAGUAUAAGGCCUUCUCCACCUGCGGGUCUCACCUGUCUGUGGUCUCCCUGUUCUACGGGACAGGCCUGGGGGUCUACCUCAGUUCUGCUGUGACCCAUUCUUCAGAGAGAAUUUCAGUUGCUUCAGUGAUGUACACGGUGGUCACCCCCAUGCUGAACCCCUUCAUCUACAGCCUGAGGAACAAGGAUGUGAAGGGGGCCCUGGGGAGGCUGUUCAGCCGAGGAGCCUCUAGUCCAUUAUGGGACCCUGGCUUCAAAACUUAGUAGAUUUUUGGGGUCCCAGAGGCCAAUGUUGCCAAGUUUAAUAUCUGGUCUUUUUCUCCCCUCAAAGACAUGCUUCCUUCCUUCUAUUUUGAAAAGUUCUGUGUUUCUUUUUAUUCUUUCCAUUCAUCCUUAUGUUAGUUACCUCUUUACCAUCUUUCAGUUUUUUUUCCCUUCAUUUCCUAUUUUAGUCCAUAAAGUUCUUUCUCUGGUCAGCAUUUUUGCAACCAUUUCUGAGUAUGC